GGCGGGGUGAGCUGCUGCUGCUGCUGCUCGGUGUGUUCACGCCUCCAGGAACUCCUUCAGCACCGCGGACAGAGACACGUAAACACACACACACACACAGCUCCGGCGCUUUGUGAUGCUAAACAACUGCAGGUCAUCAGGAUUCCUCCUCCCUCAGACCUCCAGAACAACACAACGAUCCAGUCGAGACAUUUGAAAAGUUGUAGAGCAAACAGAAACACCGAGGAACCGUGUCGUUUUCUAUGCAUUAUUUUGCUGGGCAUUUUGACCGCUCAUUCCUCCCUCUCCUUUCAUUCAAAUAUUCGUUUUUUUUUUUGUUUUGUUUUGUUUUUUUUUUCCUUUACCAUAAUAAUUUUUGAUCUCCUGUUAGUGUAUUUGUGCCAGAAUGUUGUUAGAACAUCCAGGAUCAAGUUGUCAAAAUGCUGGAAAUUACACCAGAUACAGCUCGAGUCAAGAUAUCCCUGUUUGCGCGGGCUGUAAUCAGCACAUCGUGGAUCGCUUCAUCCUGAAGGUUCUGGAUCGACACUGGCACAGCAAAUGCCUGAAAUGCAGCGACUGUCAGUCUCAGCUGGCCGAAAAAUGCUUCAGCCGGGGCGACAGCGUCUACUGCAAAGACGACUUCUUCAAGAGGUUCGGCACCAAGUGCGCGGCGUGUCAGCAGGGUAUCCCGCCGACACAGGUGGUCCGGAGGGCGCAGGACUUCGUGUAUCACCUGCACUGCUUCGCCUGUAUCGUGUGUAAGAGGCAGCUGGCCACAGGUGACGAGUAUUACCUGAUGGAGGACAGUCGACUGGUGUGUAAAGCCGAUUACGAGACCGCCAAACAGAGAGAGGCGGAUUCGACUGCAAAACGACCCCGCACAACAAUCACCGCCAAACAGCUGGAGACGCUGAAGAACGCGUACAAUAACUCGCCGAAACCCGCGCGACACGUGCGCGAGCAGCUGUCAUCAGAGACCGGCCUCGACAUGCGGGUGGUGCAGGUCUGGUUUCAAAACAGAAGAGCGAAGGAGAAAAGACUGAAAAAAGACGCGGGCAGACAGAGAUGGGGUCAGUAUUUCAGAAACAUGAAGAGGUCGCGCGGCAGCUCCAAAUCAGAUAAAGACAGCACUCAGGAGGAGGGCAUGGACAGCGACGCUGAAGUCUCCUUCACAGACGAGCCGCCCAUGUCUGAGCUGGGUCACUCCAACGGCAUUUACAGCAGUCUGAGCGAAAGUUCUCCGGCUCUGAGUCGUCAGGGCGGAGGUCAUCCGCCGUUCCCCCUGGAACACGGCGCCAUCAUCCCCUCGCAGGAGCAGUACCACGACAUCCAGGCCAGUAGCCCCUACAGCCUUCCGCAGUCUCCAGGCUCGCUACAGGCUCUUCCCAGACACCAGCCCCUCAUCUCCAGCCUGGUCUACCCAGAGUCCGGCCUGCCCAUGGUGGCUCAGAGCGGAGGCCAGAACAUGACUCGAAUGAUGGCCGGGGGAAACGGGCCGAGCUCUGAUUUGUCCACGGGGAGCAGCGGUGGGUAUCCAGACUUCCCCGCCAGCCCGGCGUCCUGGUUGGAUGAGGUGGAUCAUGCCCAAUUCUGAUGCACAUUUGGGAAGAGACUCUUGUAUAGACAGUGGCGGUGAAUGGGAAUUACUCAGUGGAUGGCUGAACCUUGAAUCUUCUCUAUUUUUCUGUAGAGUUGAACAUUUGGAAAUUGGUUAGCGAUGGACCCAAGACUUGAGUCUCGCCAAGGACUUCUGUUUGGUUUUACAAGGACACGACAUUGUGAGGAGCUUUUACCACACUAAAGACCCGUUCACACAAGGGACAAUGAAAAUAUAGUUUUAAAAAAUUGUUCUAAAUAUAAAAGAAUAGGCGAGUCCACACACACCACAACUAUAACGAUAACGGCACAGUGAAACGAUAUUGUUGGAAUCACUUUCAGAGCGAUUUUUUUCAGCUGAUGAAGCAUAAGAACACUGACAGCCAAUCAGAAUCAAUCCUGCUUUAAAGAUCUCGAGCAUUUAAAGCGACAGACGACAAAACUGCAGAAUAAACAGUACGAAUGUGGACGCUAAUAUUGGUGUGAACAGGCCUUUAGACCAUAACUUUUAAUUAUACAACGUUUUAUUUUUUAUUAUCUUUUCUCCAAAUGAGAAUUAUGGUAGACCAAGAUGCUCAUCAGAUGAAAUUUCCACCAGUCAUCAUCCAUCAUUGCUGUUACCGAUGUGUAUAAAUGUGAUAUCACCAGUUUUGGUCAUUGCCAAAUGUCUAUGUACAUUAUAUAACAUUUUAUCAAUGUGGAGUCUUUAUUUUUAUACAACCCCCUUGGACAAUACGAUCACAGAGACAUUAGGACUUUGUAUGUUUCACAACAGGGAUAGACAAGUUGUAGUUGUUGUCUCUUUCUAAUUAGUAGGAGUACCUCUAUGCAUUUGUGUGUUUUCAGACGUGUCUCGUUCAUUUCACUCUGUUGGAAACGUUUGGCCUGUAUGUGUUAUAUAUGUGGAAAAAAAUGUUUUAUGUCUUAUUUAUUCUCUCUGAUGAUGGUUAAGUGGUUUAAUAAAUUUGUCAGUGAAAUCCUCAA